AUAUUUAUAAGUUCACAUCACAUAUUUACAUACCGCGCCCAUUAUAACACAGAGCUCAAGUCGUCUGCUGUUUAACUCAGUCUCAAAGUUAAAUAAGGUUUGUUAUUUUGAAAACAAACAUGCCGAAGUGUCCAACUUGUGCAAAGGAAGUUUAUUUUGCGGAGAAGGUGACGUCAAUUGGCAAGGAAUGGCACCGAGGAUGUCUCAAAUGUAAGAAGUGCGGCAAGACUCUGGCAUCCGGCUCACACGCGGAGAAAGAUGGGAUACCAUACUGCCAUAAGCCGUGCUACGCCGCAUUGUUUGGCCCAGGAGGUUACGGCCAUGGAGGUACGGAAAGUCACAAGUAUUAGCGGGCGUUGACACGUACUACGCCAUUUACCAUGGUUACAGUUGGAGCAUAAUUAGCUAUCUAAUAAUUGGGACCAAAAAGCAUAAACCAAGCUGAUAUACGCCUUUGAUCAUCACUAAAUAUAUAGUUGGAAAACAUGCCAUGAAAAAAAUACGUAUAUACUUGUAUUCGUGCAGUUUGAGUUUGCAGAUUUAUAAAUGUACAUUGAUAUUUCAAAGCCAUAUAUCCACGGAAAUAGUUUCAACACUGAUCUAAAAUUUUAAUUAAGGCAUUACGGUUUGGUAUGAUGGCAUUUUUUUUUAUCAGAUUGUAUACAUUAAACGCAAUAUUUACUCGUAUGAAUAAAAAAUGAAACGGUU